UAGCCACGCGCUAUGCACUGGUAACAGAAUAGUAACUAUGUGGCUACAGACGAACACUCAAGAUUAUGGUCACUUGGGACCGCUCAAACUCCUUCCGGAAACGUCUCCCGAACCAAUCUCACUCCUUCUCAAACAGACAAUCUCACAAGUUAUGUACCAGUAAGAAAGUACACCUAAACAAACAGACAAUCUUUUCAAGUCCCAUCCGAAGAACUCCGACGCUCUCGCAGUAAAAUCAACAGACUAGCAAUCUCCUACACCAUAAAAUUUCCUAACCUCUGAUUAUCCGACACUGUACAGCGCUGUAUACUUUAAAUAAAUAGGUGGCAGCAUCGUAGAACGAUCGUAGAAUGAGUUCGUGCGUGCUACACAAGUGUAAUCUGAAACAAACGUUACUUUUUUGCCUGCAUGCUAUUAGUCGAAAUUAUACUUAGUGAUUCUUGUCAGGUAUGGAAGCUAUUUGAAGAUUUCUUUAUCCACUAAUUUAAUAAACUUGGUUUAAUCGACUUCAGUCAGGCAUACUUUUAAUUUAUUUACGGAGUUGGCUAUCGUGACCGUCUUGACCGUCGUGACGGUGCUAUAGCUUUUUUUUUAUUCCCUAUGGCAAUGUCUUGUAAAAGAUCAGUAACUUUGCCGUAUUUUAUGUUCAUCCACACGUAACUUCUGUAGAAGCUGGGCAGCCGAAAGACGCGUCGUGAUUUAUAAACCAAACAAGUUGAACACGUGAUGGAAGUGUACAUUUUGUGCUUGUCUGUGAUUUUGUCAAAGUAAUUUUACAGGGUGGAAUGACGUGCUGAGCAGAAUUUGUGCCUCAGUACCCACAGUACCUCAUACAGAAACCUACUUUCCGCUACUUGCUUCAGAAUGGCAGGGUGCCAUGUAAGGUUAUGAUACAGAGACAGUGUCAUGUGUUACAACAUCAGACGGAAUUUAUCAGUUUAAUAGAUGGGGAAGGAUAAGAGGAAGAAAGAUGGCAGUAGGAAACAAGCAGACCCCUCACUUCCCAUUGAUGUUGGUUCUGAACCAAAAGCUCAGCGAGGGCCAAGGAACAGGGCAUCUCAGGAGCAAAACCUGAAGGAUUGCAGCAAGAGUGCUGAUAGUUCAUUAAGAGAUAAAAUCUCAGAUCAUUCAACUUCACAGUCUGAUUCAAAGCCAGAUCCACGUAAUACAACAGAGUUGUUUGCCAAGCUGAAGAGAGAGACUGAUGAUAUUAAAGCUUUGAAACACCAGAAACCUCGUCGGAAGAUCUUCAGCAACUGGGCAAAAUAUGAAGAACCACUGCCAUAUCUGGAUCAUGAAGUAGAGUUACAGGGUGCUGAUUUUGAAGCCCUUGUGAAAGCUCCUCUCUCAGGACAUUUUCGGUUCAAGUCUGAAAGAACAUGGGAUGCUGAUGUUACAUCUCUGUCUGGAGAGCUGUUCUCAUUGGAUACUGAUUUGCUGGCAGAUGGUUUGGCAACCAUCCCACUCUGUCAGAAAUUAGAUCUUCCAGUUUCUUUAUUUUCCGAAGCUGAGUUGGAGGAUAUGGAUUACUGUGCAAAGCAGUGUGCAGUAAAGUAUGAAACUACAAAAAGAACUUCAUCAAGAAAUCAAGGCAGAAAAGAAGGUUUAGAUGCAACAGCUUGCAAUUUGUUAAGUGCCCUGCUUAUAAAGGAAGGAAAUCCUGUGCCACCAGAUGAGGAUACAGCUACUAAGAAAACUUCUUUAGCACUGAGCUUUGACGUUGCACAAGCACAAGUGCAGAGCGAUAUUUUAGUAACAGAAUCUGUAAAUACGGAUGAAAUUAUUAAUAAUAAUAAUAAUACUAAUACGGACCCUGAUGUCAAGAAGAUUUCAGAAACUGGUAGCAUACCUGACAUUAAUGAAGUGACCGCAGCUGAGAAAGCAGAUUUCCCUAAGACGUCAUUAUGCAAAGUUCCGCGAAAUGAAGGACAGCAUCAUAGCAUACCUGCAGAAGAAAUUAAUCAUGAACCUGAAUCAUGGAGUAGAAUUAUUGCAGCAGCUGUGACACCUGGAACUGAAGUUUUUCAUUCAUCUGGAGCAGUGACAGCAGAGGUUAGAAAACAAGCAAUACAGCAAUCUGAUUUUGAACAAACAGAACGUUUUCCACAAUCUGUAGUACCACUGGACCAGCGAUCUAGUAGACGCAAGUCCAGGGGUGAAGCACGGGCUGCGGAAGUCCAGAAAGUAGAGGGUCAGAAGUCGCAACGAACAGAUGAUUUGGAUUUCCUUUUGUCCUUGAAGGGGCCUGUAAAGGAAGCCCAGAUAUCGAGCCUGAGGCCUUCUCAAGUUACUAAACCAACUCUUGAAGAUGAUGAUGAAGCUGUUGGACCAGAUUCAUCCCAGUUUCCAUGGGUGAUACCACAGAAACAGACUGAAGACCUUGAGGACUGGCUGGAUUCAGUGCUAGAUGACUGACUGAAGUUUACUCACAUAAGAUAGCAGAACUGUUGCUUUUCUUCAUCUAUAUUCUAUACUCUUUAACUGUAAUUUCAAAAUUUACAUCUGAUGUCCACGACACAUUUCUGCAUUAAAUAUAAUCAUGUUCUGGAAUAUCAUUACCAACAACUUUCCAUAUUGAAGAAAGCAGUCUUCUGGGAUGUGGCACCAUGUAGAUAUUGUGUUAACCAAUGUUUCGGAGGAGCGUAUCGCCUCCAUCUUCACGGUAGAAUAAAAACCGCAAGUGAAGAACCAGUGAGAGCAGGUACUGUUAGUCUGUUAGUACCUGCUCUGGCUGGUACUUUGUGUGCGUAUUUUCUUCUUCUACCCUGAAGAUGGAAGCGAUACGUUCUUCCAAAAUGUUGGUUAACACAAUAUCUACACAGUGCCACUUCCCAGAAGACUGCUUUCUUCAUAGUCACCCCCGUGAAACCUUGCACCACAAGUGAUGGCAUGUGAUCUUCAAAGGAGGUGAAGGCGUAGAGGAAACAGUAGUGUCAUGGGUUUACCUCUCAUGUUUACAAGAUGUAUUCAUUCGCACAAAGUGAGAUAUUAGACUGACCUAUUUUAAAGGAUGCUAUUUUGUUCGAUGUAACCCCAUGCACUUCAGUAGAAGUUCAUUGAUGCAGUGCUAUGAGAACCUCAAAUCCAACAUGUUCUACUUUACAUCUCUGCAGACUUGUCCAUGUUUGUGAUUGUACCCAAAAGAAUAAAAUAUUAUUUCUGAGUGUAUGCCAGCACUCAAGGUGUGAGCUGUACCAUUCCUUCAAAUACACAGUAUAUGUGAGAUUGUAAUUUCUCACAGUAGUGAAUAUGAAGGUUCCUAUUUUCUAGGGUGUGAUAUGAGGUGAUUUGAUAAAAAGGUACAGAUGUUUCAGUGGAAACUGCUGUAUCUGUUUUCAGGAUAGAUGAAGCAGUGUCCUCUUCUACAUAAAGUUGGAGAUAGCAGUUUCCUUUGAAUUGUCAGACUGCUGAGCAAGAAAUGUUGAAUAACUUGGAGAAACUAUGUGCAUAUUUAAUUAUUGUAAAUACAUUGUUUACAUAAAUCUGUGAUAAAUAAAUUAAUACAGAGAUGUUUG